GUUUUGAGACGACCCCUUAGCCUCACUUUGAAUGUGAGGGCUCAUAACAGAGGUGUAAUUUUGGUAGAAUUGAUCAGUGGAUAGAACACAUGUCAGUGAGAGCCUGCCCCUCUAUAAAAUACAAGUCCUCUGUCUGCAUUGGAUGAAAUCACAGGAAGUGGUUAACGUGAAGGCAGGAAUUUAUUUUUGAUGCCACAGCAAUAUAAAAACAUUGGAUAUUAACACGGGAUGUACAGUAAGAAGCUUAAUAGAGCGAAGAACAACUAUUGUGUAGGCAAUUGAAAACUUUUUUCAGAGUUGUCAAAUUUUUUCAGGUGAUUGUAUCAUAAGAAAAGUGUCGAGUUUGCAGCUUGGAAAGAAUGCUGCGUGGAACAAUGCAGUCUGUAUCAAGACAUAUACUCAGUAUUACAUAUUUAAUUGUGAUUAUUAAGAUCUCAGGAAUUUUAGCCCAGUACUCAUAUGGAACUCAACAACAGCAACCUCAGAGAAGACAACAACAACAACACAGCAGUUAUCAUUCUCAACAAGGGUACCAAUCUGAUCUUCAAGCCAGCUCGCCAAAUGUUUGCCCUUACCAGGAGGUGGAGCUAGUCCCAGUAAGGAAGCCAUGUGUUCGAGCAUUCACCCGCCUUCAGAAAGUGUGGAAACCAAACUGUGGAUACACACACAACUGGUGUGUUGGAUAUGAAAGAAGGACGCAUUACUACACAACGUACACCCAACAAUUUGAACGACGCUACAUCAACAAGUAUCGAUGCUGCAAUGGGUGGCAACAACUUAACGGACAACAUGGAUGCAACUAUCGGGAAUGCAGUAACAGUGUAUGUUUCAAUGGAGGUAAAUGUAUGGGCGGCUACCCCCAGAUCUGCUCCUGUCCCCCAGGCUUCCAGGGCCCCCGCUGUCAGUAUGAUGUGAAUGAGUGUCGGAACAACAAUGGUGGCUGUGAACAUAAUUGCUGCAACACGAUUGGCUCAUAUUAUUGUAAAUGUCCACCAGGAUUCCAACUGGCUUCUGACGGGAAAAGAUGUGAAGAUAUUGAUGAGUGUGCACAGCAUAAUGGUGGUUGCCAACAUAAGUGUGAGAACAGACAUGGAGGUUUCACCUGCGUGUGUAAAGAGGGCCAGAGACUUCACGCUGAUGACAGAACAUGUGUCGCAAUUGCUGGUUGCAAUGUUAACAAUGGAGGAUGCGAACAUCAAUGUGUGGAAGGAUACAAUGGACACUACCACUGUAGAUGCAAAACUGGCUACAGACUCACCAUAGAUGGGAGAACAUGUGAAGAUCUGGAUCCAUGUCGUCAAGACAACGGAGGAUGUGAACAGAAGUGUGUCAACUACUUGGGACGUGCCCAGUGCCAGUGCUAUGCAGGUUUCCAACUGACAGCCGACAGCAAAUGUGAAGAUAUUAAUGAGUGUGAGAACAGUAAUGGGGAUUGUACCCAGGGUUGUGCAAACACCAGGGGCUCUUACGCAUGUACUUGUACCCCUGGCUACCAGCUAGGCACAGAUGGAAGGUCCUGUUACCGUAUUGAGAUGGAAGUUGUGGAUAGCUGCGCUACAAAUAAUGGUGGCUGCUCCCACAAGUGUGUUCAUGGAACAGGUGGCGCCAUCUGUUCAUGUAAUGAGGGUUAUUCUAUCCAGGCAGACAGACGGACAUGCGGAGAUACUGAUGAGUGUGAGCUAGGUACAUCAUGCUGUGACCAACUAUGUACCAAUACCCCUGGUAGUUUUAUCUGUGGGUGCAAGCAAGGCUUCAGACUUAAUAGGAAUGGAUGUAACUGCGAUGAUGUGGAUGAAUGCUUGGCUGAUAAUGGUGGCUGUGAACAGAGGUGUGUCAACUCUGUGGGAUCAUUUGAAUGUGUGUGCAAUGUUGGCUUCCAACUUCACGAAAAUGGCAGGAGCUGUUAUCCUAUAAGGAACGACCAGGAUCAGGCUGAGGGGAAUGUGUUGAACCCACAGAUUCGCUACGAGUCUACGCCUCGCAAGAUCAUACCCAUAGAAGAUGACAGCUUUAACCAACAGGAGUUCCAAGAACCUGAAACUCGUAUAGGGAUCAAAGUGUUCAAAAAAGAAGAAUGUUCCCCUGGUUACUGGGGUGAUGACUGUGAAUUCUCCUGCCAUAACUCCUGCCAGAAUGGAGGCACAUGUAAUGAGGAUGAGACUGGCUGUGAUUGUGCCUCUGGGUUCCAGGGCAGUCUCUGCAAUGACACGUGUUCCAAGGGAUUCUUUGGGCCUGGUUGCAAUAGUCUUUGUACCUGUCAAAAUGGUGGAUCAUGCAAUAAUGUAGAUGGCACCUGUAUCUGUCCCCCUGGUGUCAAGGGUGACAACUGUGAAGAUGGAUGUCCACCAGGUUUCUAUGGUCAAGCUUGUAACAUGCAGUGCCCCAAGACAUGCUCUAGCGGGUAUUGUAAUCGUAACUUUGGUUAUUGCGAGUGUGCCCCAGGAAUGUUUGGUUCCUCUUGUAACCUGCAGUGUGACAUCAACUCCUGGGGGCCUAACUGUGUACAGCAGUGCCAGUGUAAUGAGGACCAAUCCACUGGAUGUGACCCUAAGGAUGGGACAUGUUUGUGUAAACCAGGGUACCAGGGCAAACAAUGUGACGACAAGUGCAUCCCAGGGUACUUUGGUCAAGACUGUGUGUUCCAAUGUGAUUGUUCAGCAGAGUUGACAUGUGAUUACAUCACAGGGGCAUGCCUCAGGGAUUGCGCUAAGGGAUGGAUGGGAGAAAGAUGUGAUGAACCUUGUCCCAAAGGCAAGUAUGGCCGUAACUGUCUCCAGAAGUGCAGAUGUGGAGGCAGCAGCUGUGACCCAGAAUCUGGGGAAUGUAUCUGCCAGGCAGGCAAGAUGGGCAAGAAAUGUAAAGAAGAAUGUGUUGAGGGCCGCUGGGGUAUCAACUGUGCCAAUGAGUGCAGCUGUGAAAAUGGUGCCAGAUGUGAUGCUGUGACUGGAGAAUGUAUCUGCCCUGCUGGUUUCUUUGGCAUGAGUUGUAGGGAGGAAUGUCCGGAAAACCGUUAUGGCCAGCAAUGUCUACUUCGUUGUGCUUGUGAAAAUGAUGGGAAAUGUCACCCCGCAACAGGCAUCUGUAACUGCUCUGUGGGAUGGACAGGUCAGCUGUGUGAUCGAGCCUGUCCCCCGGGGAUGUAUGGUCAGAACUGUGUGGAACACUGUCAGUGUAAGAACAGCGCAGAGUGUGACCCUGCUUCUGGAGAGUGUAUUUGUUCCCCUGGCUGGAAGGGAGAGGGCUGUGAUCUCAAAUGUGAGAAUAGUACAUAUGGGCCUGGCUGUGGUAUGCUCUGCAAGUGUGCCAAUGGUGCAAUGUGUGACCACGUCAGUGGGGCCUGUGUAUGCACAGAAGGCUGGAGAGGCAUGUUCUGUGACAAACCCUGCCCAGAUGGAUUCUUUGGCUUAGAGUGCCAGAGUAUCUGCAACUGUGCUAAUGGAGCUCGUUGCGACCCCGUAAAUGGCCACUGUGCUUGCGCGGCUGGAUUCGUAGGCGAUGGUUGCUCUAAGUCAUGUCCUCAGGGAUAUUACGGAGAGGAAUGCACUAAGAGAUGCAACUGCCACAAUGGAGGAAGUUGUGACCCAGUGACUGGACAGUGUAUUUGUAUGUCUGGUUGGAGGCCUCCUACAUGUGAAGAACCAUGUGCUCCAGGUUUCUAUGGCUCCGGUUGUAGUCAGAGGUGUAUCUGUAUCAAUGGGGCUGGCUGUGAUCACAUGACAGGCGCUUGUAAUUGCACCACUGGGUGGACGGGGCCUGCUUGUGAGACAGAAUGUCCCAACAAUCGCUGGGGUGCUAACUGUAGGGAGAGGUGUGACUGCAAGAACAGCUUUAGUUGUGAUAGGUUCACUGGACAGUGCAAAUGCAAACCUGGCUACACUGGAGACCGCUGUCAAGACAAGUGUCCUAGAGGUUUCUAUGGAGAUAAUUGUGAGGAGGCAUGUUCAUGUAACAACAAUGGCUCCUGUAACCCUGUAGAUGGCAGAUGUCGCUGUAAGGAAGGUUAUAGGGGGCGCACUUGUGAGAAAUCCUGUCACUAUGGUACAUAUGGUCAAUGGUGCAAACAGAAGUGCAACUGUGUGGAGGGUACACCAUGUGACCAUAAAACUGGAGAUUGUCGAUGUCCACCUGGGUACACUGGGAAGACCUGUGUUGAUGCGUGUCCCCCAGGAACAUUUGGUCCAGAAUGCAAAGGACUGUGUAGGUGUGGUCAGAACACUGUCUGUGAUCAUAUCACAGGGCAGUGUGGUUGCAAACCUGGCCACAGAGGGAAGCACUGUAGCAAGGGAUGUCGAGAAGGUAGCUUCGGCCCUAACUGCAAGGAGAAGUGCAAUUGUGCUAAUGGUGCUGAGUGUGACCAGGCAAGCGGGCGUUGUACAUGCACAGCAGGGUGGGUAGGCCCCACAUGCUCCCAGCCCUGCCCCUCAGGAACAUAUGGCUUCAACUGUACAGAGACAUGCAAAUGUCUGAAUGGGGGAGAGUGUGACAGAGAGACUGGUGAAUGUAUGUGCUCACCAGGCUACAAGGGUGACAAUUGUGAAGAGGCUUGCCUAGAGGGUCAAUUUGGAGUUGGCUGUGAACAGGACUGCAAGUGUCAGAAUGGAGCAAAGUGUGAUCCUGGGACUGGAGUCUGUAACUGUGGUAUGGGAAUCACAGGGAUCUACUGCGAGAAUGAGUGUCCUGCAGGUCGCUACGGAGCAAACUGCAGCCAGGCUUGUAACUGUCAGAAUGAUGGCACAUGUGAUAGAGUAACAGGUUGCUGCACAUGUACAUCUGGGUGGUAUGGACAGACUUGUGAAUUGGUUUGCCCAGAAGGGUUCUAUGGUAAAUACUGUAGUGAGCAAUGUGACUGUGUCAAUGGGGCCAAAUGUAACCCUGUCAAUGGUCAGUGCAUCUGCAAGGCAGGCUAUACAGGGGAGAGAUGUGAACAGACCUGCCCCACAGGGAAAUAUGGAGCAGGGUGCAAAGAGACCUGUGACUGUGGGGAAGGGGUAGAAUGUAACCCCAUCUCAGGGGCCUGUAGGUGUCCCCCAGGCAGAUCAGGAACACAGUGUCGAGACACAUGUAAACGUGGUAGAUAUGGCCCCAGUUGUAAGUAUGUGUGUGCUUGCGACAAUGGGGGCUUUUGUGACGAGGUCUCGGGGGUGUGUCAAUGUGUUCAGAACUGGAUUGGAGCAACAUGUCAGAAUGGAAAAGGAGUCCGCAAUAAAAAGAGACACAUUCGCCCUAAUCGCCGACGGAACCGAAAUAAGAAUGGACCAGGACGACUAAAGGCAAAUGGUCCACAGAGGGGGGACAUCCCAAUAGAGCUUGGGGGUUGAGAUUUGCAGUACCAUAGUCGACCAUAGUGCCACCAUUGUACAGUGUAAAUAAACUAUAGAGAGCAGCGCUGCAUCACAGAGCCAUCUAUAUAUGAACUAGCGGGGUUGGACCAGGCGGUAGGAACCCCAUAACUGAACAAACAAGAAAGCAAUCUCCCCCAGGCUUUAGCCGGAGCUGGGGUCUCGUCAUGCAUUUAUUAACCAUGUACUGUGUCGGUGCAACGUCACAGCUUCAUAUACGACUGUACCUCUGAGAUACAGGCCAGAUUUUUUCUUAUGAGUCCAUAUAUUGAUUCAGUUUUUCUAAGAAAAAUACAUUGUCACAUUAUUGUGAAUUGCAAUCUGUAUAGAGUGCUGGUCAAAAUUGUCAUGCAUUAUUCUAUUUACAGCAUAUGGUUUGCAGUAACAAUGAAAUUGAAGGUAGCCAUAGAAUGAGUAAUCUCACUAUAUAACUUACACCUACAUCUAAACAAGUUCAACAGUUCACCCACCUUAACACAAUAUGCUGUAGUUACCUUUUAAAUAUAUAUGAGAUUUAAACAUGUUUUUAAACCAAAAAAUCUUUGAAGAAUUGACAGUUUUGGCCUGAGAAGCAUAACAGUGAUAUUAUAUGUUCUUCGUGGAAUUGUACAUAAUAUGAAAUAAUGCAAUAUAAUUUCAACCAAAAAUACCAAUGUACAUGUAAUUUAAAUGUCGCUUAUAAUUCAUUAUAGUUGUGAAUAUGUAUUUUAAAUGAUAGAAAAAUAUGUGAACUAGCCUUAUAUAUUGUUCUUAUAAGGCCUUACACAUAUGUCCAAAUAUGGCUUUGUUCAUAUGAUUUUAUGUGCAUAUACAUGUACAGCCAAAGACAUAUAUAUUCAGUAUGGUCUUAUGGUUAGUUCUCCAAUUCCCUCAUUGAUUAGAUUAGAAAAAAUACAAUUUAAAUGUUAGAGUCUUGCCUUGAGAGACAGAAGUUUAAAUGAAAUCAAUCAAUCUAAAUGAAGAAUUAAAUAUGAAUUAUGGGGGUAUCCCUUGAUUUAGAUGUAGGUCUUAGAUUGUGUAUUUCUAUGUAGUGUAAUUAGUAUGUCUCAAUACCCCCCCCCCCUCCCCCUCCCCAUUGGAUUCUAUUCUAGUGAAUAAAGCAUUAGUUAAGAGAUGUGAUUGUAUUUAGGAAAAAUGAUUUGUGAAUGAUCUCCAUAAUCAUCAUUAUUUUGUGAAUAUGUCAUGUAUUUACAAGUACUGUUCAUGUAAUUUUAAAAAGUUGAAUUUCAAAAGAAAAUUCAUUAUGUAAUCUAUAGAGUACAUGUAGUCAUAUGGUUUUUGUGCUAACAAGGCAUGGAUUGAGCAGCUGAUGAAUUUACUAGAGGUAGUAUUGUCCAAAUUAAAUUUGAAAGCAUUUUUAGAUUCUCAAGGACUAUUUAACACAGUUGAAAAAGGCAUGAACCCAAAACUGAGUAAAAACAUAUUCUACAACUGUUUGACAACUGUUGAUCUCUUUAAUCCAGGUUAUUUUACAUAUUAUACCACACAUCCUUUGAUUUCAUAUUUGAUGGUAAAUAAAUGUUUUUCCCAAAACAUUUCUUUGAACAUUUAGAAGUUAGUUAUCAAUGUAAUAAACACUAUUUUGUUGAAACUAAUAUAACUCCCUGCUUGAAAUUCCAAGUCAUUUAUUUCUUGACAUAAUACAUGUAUGUGAUGUCCUAUUUUUGAAAAACGACAAUUGGCUAUAAAGAAAUGAUAAUAAUUAAUAGGGUACUUUGCCAAAAUGCUGGUUGCCAUGGUGUUUUGUGUAAAAUACAUUUAGGCAAUAUCAGAAAGAUUGUACAUUUUAAACCUCAGUUUGUAUAAUGUGUGUGCAUAAUAACAUAAUAGAUUUGAGUAUAGAUACAAAUUAGGAAUAAUAACCAAGUUUUUACUAACACAUGAGUAAGUGUACAAAGAUAUAAAAAAGCAUAAAAAAUGUUUCAUUGAACUUCAUGUAAAAAUAUAGAUAAAUUCUUUAAAAGUUGGUUAUGGAACAAAAAAGGGGGUUAAGAUCCAAUUAGAUUCAUCUUAAAAUUCCAUCAUGUACAUACAGUAAAUAAAUUCCACCUAAUUUGUACAUAAUACUAUUCGACCAUGAAAUUGUCUUUUAGAGGACACUUAGCCUCCUUAUUUGGUCUAUGGAUCCACUGUAAUAUCUACUAUAAAACCACUGUAUUAGACUCUAUUGCUAGAUAUAUUGUGUACAUAUACAUGUAUAGAAAUUGUUUAUACUUAUUUAUUUAUAUAUUAUGUUGUCAUGCUACAUUGUAUCAGAAUAAAGGAAAAGUUUUUGAUAAAAAAAUAAAGUAAGAAAAAACACCUAAAA